AUGGCAGCUCGGCUGAAGAGAGAAGACUGCAACCGCACCAAACAUGAUUCUGCUUUCUCUCAAUGGAAGAUUCUAAUUGGGCCCUCUGACUGGGAAGACUACUUAUUGGGGAAAGAAGGAGUGGAGAAGUACAGGACUCACAAUCUUCCAAAUUGCGCGUCUUGUCCUGGCAUUUAUGAGCUUGGCAUAAUUAUAUCACGCCCCCAAUCUGGGCAAGACACUCGCAAAGUUGACCCAAGCUGUAUAAUUCCUGUUUAUCUUGGACAAGCCGAUAAUGUUAGGACCAGACUACAACAAUACGGUCGUGGAGGUGCACAUUUGGAGAAUGGUUGCUCGAAUGAAGGGUCGACCAACUUUCAAAUUAUUUCUGCCAAUAGAGGACCAGGAUUAUUUAUGCAAAUAUUCUCGAAAGGCUUUUCCAUUGUUUACAGAUGGGCUCCUAUGAAAACUAAGCGCGACGCAGAGAGAACUGAAGCUCAGCUGCUUGAAAAUUUUGAUUAUGCAUGGAAUAAAGGUAGCAAUGGUGCACGUCGACCCAAUGAUAUCCUUAAAAAGAUUGAUCGGCGUUCAAGAGAAUCUCAGUUCUCUCUAAUAGCUAAGAAGCUUCAAUAUUGCCGACAGAAGCAAGAGGGUAUCAAAAUCAAACCUUGUGAGCCAUAUUUGAUCCAGAGUGGAUGGGAUAUGGACAGCACUGGCAUCUUCUCCCGAAUUUUUAGAUUUGUGAGGUCACGACCAAGGCUAGUGCCAAUUAUAUCUGGUUCUAGUGAUGAUUGCGCGAGUAUUUGUGGUGUUGCCAUGGGUAAGGGAUCCAUUUGUACUAAGCUUCCUGUUAAGGGAAGAAAACGAUGUUUAGAGCACAAAGGGAUGAGAGUUAAUUCAAAGUUGACCACAGAAGAAAAUACGCCUUCUGAUUCUUCUAGCAUUGAUUCGGGCAUUAUCACCAAUCCAAAUCGACCAAAUGCUUUUGAACAACCAGUUAAAGAUAAAUUUUCACCAAUUUGUGGAGUGAUCUUGGGCAAUGGCUCUCCAUGUAGAAGGGAGCCCGUCUGUGGAAAUAAAAGAUGUUUGGAGCAUAAAGGCAGGAGGAUUCGUCAAUCUGCAUCAAUAUCCCAAACAAAACGAACAUAA